AUGUCCUCUCCUCCUUUCUUAUCGGACUGUGUUGCCUCAUCUUUUACUGUGAAAUCACCAUGGAAGCUAUGCCCUCAGCAUAAAGAUGUCUUCCAAAAUGGUCAUACAUUGAUAAAAUUAUGGGAUCAUGAUCAAAUUCUAGGUCAAGAAGCUCCUGAUCAUGAUGAGGUGGUUGGGUUGAAAAAGAUUUGGCAGUAUAUUCAGACCAUCCGAUUAAUGUUGAGUUCCAUGGAUGAUGGAGAAAUAAGUGUGUCUGCCUAUGACACCGCAUGGGUUGCCCUUGUAGAGAACAUAGACGGUAAUGGAGGUGGCCCUCAGUUUCCUUCAUCUCUUCAAUGGAUUGUUGAUCAUCAGCUCAACGACGGAUCAUGGGGCGACCGUUUGAUAUUUGAAUUACACGAUCGAAUGCUCAACACGCUCGCAUGCGUGGUCGCGAUGAAACAUUGGAACAUCCACCCAAAUAAAUGCGAACAAGGAAUGAUGUUCAUAAGAGAGAACAUAAACAAGCUUGCAGAAGAAAAUGCAGAGCACAUGCCUAUCGGGUUUGAAGUGGCUUUUCCAUCCUUAAUUGAGUUAGCAAGAAAUGUUGGUAUUGAAGUCUCUAAUGAUUCACCAUUUUUGCAAGAGAUCUAUUCGAGAAGAAACCUAAAGCUCAAAAGGAUACCCAAAGACAUAAUGCAUCAAGUUCCCACAACCCUACUUUAUAGCUUAGAAGGAAUGUCAGAUUUGAAUUGGGAAAAACUACUUAAACUUCAGUCCCAAGAUGGAUCAUUCUUGUUCUCCCCGGCCUCCACUGCCUUUGCUCUCUCUCAGACGAAAGAUUCCAAUUGCUUGGCGUAUCUUCAGAGAAUUGUCAGCAAAUUCAAUGGGGCAGUCCCCAUUAGUUAUCCACUUGACUUGUUCGAACGUAUUUGGAUGACUGAUCGGCUAGAACGCCUUGGAAUAUCCCGGUAUUUCCAAGCUGAGAUUAAACAAUGUUUGGAGUAUGUUCAUAGGUACUGGACCAAGGAUGGAAUAUGUUGGGCAAGAAAUUCAAAGGUUCAGGAUAUUGAUGAUACAGCCAUGGGAUUUAGGGUCUUAAGAUUACAUGGUCAUGAUGUCUCAAGUGAUGUGUUCAAGAGCUUUGAGAAUGAUGGUGAGUUCUACUGCUUUGUAGGGCAAUCCACACAAGCAGUAACGGGAAUGCUUAACCUUUAUAGAGCUUCACAAGUUGUAUUCCCAGGAGAACAUCUCCUGGAGGAUGCCAAAAAGUUCUCAUUAAAAUUCUUGACAGAAAAACAAGCGGCAAAUCAGAUCUUUGAUAAAUGGAUCAUUACCAAAGACCUGCCUGCUGAGGUGAAGUAUGCCCUAGAUGUGCCAUGGUAUGCUAGCUUGCCCCGCUUGGAGACCAGAUUCUACUUGGAACAUUAUGGUGGUGAAAAUGAUGUUUGGAUUGGCAAGACCUUGUACAGAAUGCCAUUGGUUAACAAUAACCUAUAUCUUGAGCUUGCAAAUUUGGAUUACAACAAUUGCCAAGCAUUGCACCGGCUGGAGUGGGACAUCAUUCAAAAAUGGUCCAUUGAAAACAAUCUUAGCCAAUAUGGAAUGAGCAAAAAAGGAAUCCUUAAAGCUUAUUAUUUGGCUGCCGCAUCUAUUUUUGAGCCAGAACGGUCUAUAGAGAGGUUAGCGUGGGCUAAAACUACCAUACUGAUUGAGACGAUAGUUGGGUUCUUCGACGAACAAGGAAUUUCAAAUGAUAUUGUACGUGAUUUCAUUGAGGAAUUUCAAGCUAGAACUAGCUCCCAGCAUAUUAAUGACAUAAGGACACAGACAGAAGGACUUGUGGUAACACUUGUACAAACAUUAAACCAGAUCUCGAUGGACGCACUCUUAGAUCAUGGUAGAGAUAUUCAACAUCAACUACAAAAUUAUUGGGUGACCUGGAUGAUGACAUGGAAGGAAGGCGGUGAAGCUGGCCUAAUAGUCCGCACCAUAAAUACGUGUGCUGGCCGUUCCAAUCUAAUGUCAAGUCCUUUAUACACACGACUCUUUGACCUUUCAAACAGACUCUCUUACUCGCUUCGUGCAAAUGGUGAUAGUGGGUUAGUGGCAAUUAUGAGUAAAAUUGAAUUGGACAUGCAAGAACUGCUUCAACUAGUGCUAUCAUCCCCAUCAUCAGAUGAUAUUGACCGUGAGAUCAAGCAGACUUUUCUAACAGUGGUGAAGACUUUCUAUUAUGCUUCAUACUUCAACAAUUCUACUAUAAAUUCUCAUAUAGCCAAAGUACUAUUUGAUGGAGUCAUUUGAUAUUAAUUCAUUCAUUUUCAUUGUAAUUCAUGAUCAAUUACUAUCUAUAAUUAAUAUUGUUUUUUGCAAAAUAAGAUGUAUAAAAGCAAAAUUCAGUGUUAAUUUGAAUUUAUGUU